UUUUUUAAUUUUAGAUUGUAUUAUUCCUCUAUCUUAUAUUUUUUAUUCAGAUGAAUUUUGAUAAUACAAAAUGUAAGAAAGUUUGAGGUAAUAACAUGUCUGUCUGGAUACUCUUAAAUAUUCUAGGCCACACACGCGAAUUGCCUACGUCGCUGUUUUUUUGUUGUGAUUAUUUUUGUCUGACAAAGGGGAAAAAUCAUUUUGUAAUUAAGGAAUAUCAGAAUCAAACCUACCCAAGAAUUAAUUGCCCAACCAUUUCGUUUAUUCAUUUCCAGCCACAGAGAUCCCAUUUUUUCUCAUACACAUAAACUGCCUGCUCUAUAUUAAAGAAGCUUUCCAUUUCUAUGCUGCAUCAACAAACGCCUACUUCUAUUAUGGAUCCUUACUCAUUUCUCAAAAUUUCUAGAAACCCAGAUGGUUCUCUCUUCAGAAGCCCUGAAUAUUUCCCUGAAGUACCUCCUGUGGACAAACAACUCACCGAUUCCAGCUCACCCCAACUCGCUCUCUCCAAGGAUAUCCCACUCAACCCCACCAAUCACACCUACAUUCGUAUGUUUCGCCCUCUCAACGCCCCACCGGAGACCAAGCUCCCUAUCAUCAUAUACUUCCAUGGAGGUGGCUUCAUUCUCUACACUCCUUCCUCUGUCAUCUUCCAUGAAUCUUGCAAUCACAUGGCAUCCAAUUUCCGAGUUUUGAUCUUGUCCGUCCAUUAUCGCCUCUGUCCUGAACACCGCCUUCCGGCCGCCUACGAUGACGCUAUGGAUGCUAUCAAGUGGGUUCGGGAUCAAGCGCUGGGGACUCAAGGCUGUGAUCCUUGGUUGAAAGAACAUGGAGAUUUCUCAAAGUGUUUCUUGAUGGGCAGUAGUGCAGGCGGCAACAUAGUUUACCAUGCAGGGUUAUGUGCAUUAGAUAUGGAUCUUUCGCCCAUGAAAAUCAGAGGGCUAAUAAUGAACGUUCCUUAUUUUAGUGGGGUCUUGAGGACAGAAUCUGAGAUGAGAUUGAUGGAUGAUAAGAUCUUGCCAUUGGCAGCCAAUGAUCUGAUGUGGUCACUUGCAUUGCCUAAAGAUGUAGAUCGCGAUCAUGAGUACUGCAAUCCGAUGGUUGAAGGGUCAAACGAUGAGAAGAUCGGACGGCUUCCCAUCUGUUAUAUUAGAGGGUACGGAGGGGACCCACUGAGCGAUAAGCAGAAAGAGUUCGCAAAGAAGCUUGAAUCGAAGGGGGUGAAAGUGAAGGCGGCGUUUCUCGACGAUGGUUUUCAUGCGGUGGAGCUAUUUGAUCCUGCAAAAGCCAAAUCUUUUUCUGAUGAUGUUAAGGUUUUUAUUGAUAGUGUAUGUGCUUGCUAGAGCAAGAGAGAUAAGACUCUCUUCAUGUCUUUCUUAAAUUAUUCAUGUUUAAGAAAUUAUAUAGCAAAUAAAUUUUUAACCAUUAAUUUGAUCAUAUUUACAUACAA